AUGGUUAACAUCGGGGGCAGGGUUCUCCUCCUCAUCCUACAUGGGAUCGCUUUCUUCUGUACGGCUCCCGUUUUUACGUUGGACUUAGAGUACCUGGACGCUCAUUGCGGGCUGUCUGUGAAGGUAAGGGAUGCAGUUCACCUCAAGCUCAAGUCAAUGCUGACCUUCGCCCCAAACCUCGACUGCUCGGCCGUGCUUUACAACGAGCUCAACCGCAAGAUGAUGGUCCGGUUCCUCAAGAUCAACAUACGCAAUUCAACAAACUGUCACACCGACAGGAUGGAGCUGUUCAAGGACAGGCAUAAGAACGGAAACCCACUGGUCGUGGUAUGUGGACGCCGUGUCCCGGAGAAGACAUUCAUCACCAGCAGAAACGGCAUGCUCACACGGUUCGUAAGUGGACAAGAGGCCGACUGUGAGGACUUCCACAUACUCGUCACACCCUUCUAUACAGGUUUGUGCGACGAGAGCUCAUUUCAGUGUGACAACAAGCGAUGUGUAGCGGACACCUUAGCAUGUGAUGGUUACAAUAACUGUGGUGACAAUUCCGACGAAACAGUCAACUGUGGUUUGAGCGCUGGCUUUUUCGCUGCAGUGGCUUUGGUAUCUCUGGCCAUCUUAUGUAUGCUGAUCUUCGCUGCUUACGCCUUCGCCUUCAAGAAAUGCGGUAUUCAUGGUUACCAGCGUAUACUGUAGAUAAACCAGCCUUUGUCCGGAGUCACAUGUCAAGUGUUUGAUUUUUAACAGUUGCAACAUAUUACAUUGUAGAAGACAUGCAUAUAUUUGGUUAUCAAACAUUUAUUAAGCCCGGAGAUCGACCAUUUUCAGUAAACUUUCAAAAUUACCAUUCCCAUACCUUUUUCCAAAUAAUGUUGAGCUGAAUGGUUUGGAUGCAGUCUCACAUGUACCAAUGGGAUUUAACAGAAUGACUUGCUCUGGAAAAGUGCCAUCAAAGUGCUUCAUACCAAAUCGAGGAAGAACUUCCAAGCCUUUAGUGUUUUGGAUAGGGUUUCCCAUACCUACUUGAAGUGGGAACGCCCAAUUACACAGGACCAUUUCGUUUUAUGCACAAGCCAAAGAUUCAAAAGUCGGCAAGACUGUAAAAAUCCACAAAACGUAACGGACUGAGCAUUUUCUUGCCUACGACGUUGACCAUCGCAUGUGAAUUCAUCAGUGUUCGCAUUUUGAACUUGAAGAAUGGAAUGCUGACGUCACCAAAGAGUGACCCUACUUUGGGGGAUAAUAAGAGUACUGUAAUACUAAACUGGACUCGACGAAAGCUGCGGUCAACCUUUUUUGUUCGGAUGAGCAGAAUUGUUACUCAGGUAACUUCCCUUCAAUGUGUACAUUGCAGCUACUCAGGUUUUUCAACUCAGGUUUCUUUCUCUCUUUUCCUCAAGAUAGGAGGCUUCCCUUUGCAUUGUUUUCACGCUACUUGCUUAUUAAAUGUGAUGACAACAAAGCAUUUUAGUAAUUCU